GUAGUGAGUGGUGGCAGUAGCAGAGUAAGCGAGAGCAAGAUUGCAAGAGUGUUGUGAGUUCGGCUGUAAUGGCGUCCCUGGCCGUGGCGGUAGUGGCGGUGGCCGCGCUGCUCGGCGCCGGGGUGGUGGCGGCGGGGGCGAGCAAGUUCGACGACGUGGUGCAGCCGAGCUGGGCCAACGACCACAUUGUGUACGACGGGGACCUCCUCAAGCUCCGCCUCGACAGCUCCUCAGGCGGAGGGUUCGUCUCGAAGAACAAGUUCCUGUACGGUAAGGCGAGCGCUGAUCUGAAGCUGGUACCGGGGGACUCCGCCGGAGUGGUCACUGCUUUCUAUGUGAUUGUCGUCGGCGGGGGACAAGCACAACGAGUUCGACUUCGAGUUCCUGGGCAACGUCACCGGCGAGCCGUACCUGGUGCAGACGAACCUGUACAUCGACGGCGUCGGCAACCGGGAGCAGCGCAUCGACCUGUGGUUCGACCCGACCGCCGACUUCCACACCUACGCCGUCCUCUGGAACCCCAGCCAGGUCGUCUUCAUGGUCGACGACACCCCCAUCCGCGUCUACGAGAACAAGAACGCCACCGCCUUCACCCACGGCCACCACCGCCACGCCAACAACGGCACCAACUCCACCACCUCGCCGCCGCCGUUCCCCUCGCCGCAGCCGAUGGCGGUGUACAGCUCCAUCUGGAACGCGGACGACUGGGCGACGCAGGGCGGGCGCGUGAAGACGGACUGGUCGCACGCGCCGUUCGAGACCACGUUCCGGGAGGUGCGCGUGGACGGGUGCGCGUGGGCGGCGAACGCCAGCGACUGGGACGCCGGGGAGGUGCGGCGGUGCAGCGAGAGCUCGUGGGGCAAGGAGGGCCGGUACUGGUGGAAGGAGAAGGAGAUGGAGGAGCUCACCGUGCACCAGAGCCACCAGCUCGUCUGGGCUCGCGCGCACCACCUCGUCUACGACUACUGCGUCGACACCGAUCGCUUCCCCGUCCAGCCGCCAGAGUGCGCUGGCCGCUGAUCAAUGCAGGAGGCAUCGCCGGAUGAUUGCAUUCAUCGAUCGUCGUUGGGUGGAUGGAACUGCUGGUUUCUUUAUGGGUUUGUUGCAACAAAUGGUGUCUGGCUGUGUCUGCAGUGAAACUUUGCAAGUUUGCAUUGGCUAUGAUGUGCAAUUCUCGGGUCCGUGUAGGUGUGUUUUGUAAAAAACUGUGAAGGGGAAUUAUUGUGCACUCUGUUUCAGUCUUCCAAAA